AUGCAGGAAAUCCAAGGACCGGUCGGCCAGGGCGGCCCCAGUGCGCCUGGCAACCGCUUCCCCGGACAUGCUUCCAAGCCUUCCAACAGCGACACCGGCUUCUCUCAUGGAGCUUUCACUUCCAACAUCUCUGGCUUUGCCGACAGGCACCCUCGCCGCGGCAACAUUCCCACCAUCAACACCCAGCCCUUGACCCAGCACCAGCAGGCUCCUCCGUCCGCCGCCGAUAUGGCCACUCCCGGCACCGCUUUCGACAUGCAAUUCACCCCUCUGCUGCCUUCUCAGCUGCUCCUCGGAAGCCCCUUCCAGCCCGGUACCCCUGCGGCCUUUGCCAGCCCCCAGUUCCAGAACCUCCAGAGCUUCCAGCAGGCUCAGCAGCAGGCUCAGCAGCACCAGCACCAGAACGGCCCUAUGAGCCCCGUCCAGCAGAGCAUGUCUCCUCAGCAGUACCAGGCCAUGGUCUCUCCUUCGACUUACGGCGCUCCCCAGUUCUUCCAGCCUCAGUCCCCCACGAGCGGUGGGUUCAGCAACAUGCAGAUUCCCAUGCAGCCCAGCUCCCCUGUCUCCAUGGGACCUGGCAUGGUAACCGGCACCAGCCGCACCGUCUACCUUGGCAACAUUCCCCCUGACACUUCGGCUGAGGAGAUCCUGGGUCACGUCCGCAGCGGACAAAUCGAGUCCGUCCGUCUUCUGCCCGACAAGAACUGCGCCUUCAUUUCUUUCUUGGACGCUAGCUCUGCCACCCAUUUCCACUCUGAUGCCAUCUUGAAAAAGCUCUGCAUCAAGGGCCAGGACAUCAAGGUUGGUUGGGGCAAGCCAUCCCAGGUUCCCACCUCGGUGGCUUUGGCUGUCCAACAGUCGGGUGCUUCUCGCAAUGUCUACCUGGGUAACCUGCCAGAGGACAUUACCGAGGAGGAGUUGCGCGAGGAUCUUGGCAAGUUUGGUGCCGUUGACACGAUCAAAAUCGUCCGCGAAAAGAGCAUCGCCUUCAUUCAUUUCUUGUCCAUCGCCAACGCGAUCAAGGCAGUCUCUCAACUUCCUCAGGAGCCCAAGUGGCAGGCCCCUCGUCGCGUUUACUAUGGUAAGGACCGUUGCGCUUACGUUUCUAAGACGCAGCAGCAGAACGCUGCUCAGUACCUUGGAAUCGCGCCUGGCUACGCGCACAUGCUCACUGGUGCCGACCGCGACUUGAUCUCCAACGCUCUGGCUCAGCAGUCGGUGGCUGCAGCUGCUGUUGCGACGACCGCCGGUGGUAUCAACAACCUCGGUAACCGUACCAUCUACCUGGGCAACAUCCACCCCGAGACGACGAUCGAGGAGAUUUGCAACGUCGUUCGCGGUGGUCUCCUUCACCACAUCCGUUACAUCCCUGACAAGCACAUCUGCUUCGUCACGUUCAUUGACCCUACAGCGGCCGCUUCCUUUUAUGCUCUGAGCAACCUCCAGGGCUUGAUGAUCCACAACCGCAGACUGAAGAUCGGGUGGGGCAAGCACUCCGGUGCUUUGCCUCCUGCCAUCGCCCUUGCUGUCAGCGGAGGGGCCUCGCGUAACGUGUACAUUGGCAACUUGGACGAGACCUGGACUGAGGAGCGCUUGAGACAAGACUUUUCCGAGUAUGGCGAAAUCGAACUGGUCAAUGCCCUGAGGGAGAAGAGCUGUGCUUUCGUCAACUUCACCAACAUCGCAAACGCCAUCAAGGCUAUCGAGGCCGUACGCAGCAAGGACGAAUACAAGAAGUUUAAGGUCAACUUCGGCAAGGACCGAUGCGGCAACCCCCCUCGUCAGCUGUCUCAGCAGCAGGCCCAAUCCCCUCGUACUGAAGGUGUCUCUUCGCCGCCGCCCACUGGCUCCCAGAACUCGGGUUCUCCCACCAACGGCAACACCCCUCAGCAGUCCGCCACCCUGUUCAAUGGAAACAACAACCCCUUGACCCUGUACUUGAACCAGGUCUCUCAGCAGGCUCAGCAUCAACAACAAGCCCACCAGCAGCAGCUAUACGGUCAACAACAGGCUCUGUUUGGCACCGCUCAGUCCUCCCCCAGCGAGCUUUCCAUUGACGUCCAGUCGCAGGGUCCCAUCUCGGGCCACCAGCAGUCGGCCAGCAUCUCCAAUGGCUACCCUCAGAGUGCCUCCGGCCCUGGCCCUACCACGAUCGGUGGCCUCUUGGCCCCUGGCAACGGUCGCGGCCAGCACAACCGUGCUGUCAGCUUGCCUGCCCUGAACCCCGGCUUCGAGAACGGCGGUGUUCCCUCGCACGAGGGCCCUGAGCGCCGUGGCCACCAGUACCAGGCCAGCUUCGGCGGUAUGGGUGCUGGGUACGGACUCGCCAUUCAGGGUGGCCUGAACGGCUGGGUUGAGGAGGAGGUUGCCAACUAA